AUGGGUCUCUUCUCCAGCAGUUCCGGCGCCGACGAGCUGGCGGUGCAACACCCUCCCAAGCGGGGCAAGAGAAAGGAGUGCUGGGACUCGCGCGACAAGUUCUUCGCCUGUCUCACCGCCAACAACAUCGACAACUCGCUCGACCCCAAGUCCGAAGAUAAGGUGAAAACCCAGUGUGGCGACCUCCGCCAGGACUUUGAGGGCAAGUGCGUCGAGCUGUGGGUGAAGUACUUCCAGGAGAAGCGCUUUGCCGACUUGAAGCGGGCGCGGUACAUCGAGAAGUUGGAGCUGGAGGGCGCCCAGCCGUUGCCGUUUAAGCUCGACAACAGCCGGAGAUAG